ACAACGGAUCAACUAAUCCUGGAUGCGCUAAGACUUCCUCGUAAUUGUCAGUUAAGCGCUGAUAGUGUGGAGAGUAUUGUGUUAGGUAGAUAGUCAACAUAAAGUAAGAUUGCUGUUCAAGUCGGACAGCAUGGUAGCAGGCGAAAACGACAAGGACUCAGGCCAACAAUAAUGACGAAUGGUUUCCAAUCCGUCCAGUUUCAUCUUCCGAUAGAGAUCGUUAUUCAUAUCAUGAAGUACCUGCCACUUGCUGACAGAAUAUGUGCUAGUCAAGUGUGUCGUUUGUGGUAUGAAGCUGCACAAGAAUUCGGUCUUCACAAGAAUGAAGUUGUUGUCUUGCAUGGUGACUUAACUCGCCCACUGGAAGUUCUGGAAAGCAGCAGUGGAUCGUUCAUGCAUUUUGUUUUUAAAGAAGUUGAACUUGGAAAUAAGUUAAAGGGGUUUUGGGAUAAAUUUUGCCCACAAAUGAGAUCCCUAGCAUUGCAUAAUUGUGAUGUUUCUGAAAAAAUGUUUGUUGAUAUACUACUGAAAUGUGUUAAGCUCGAAAGCCUAAGCAUUAACGGUUGCAGAGAGCUGUUAAUGUCUGGGCGAGUGCUAGAAGUUGACACAGACAUAAGUAGGCUCAUUAAAACAUUAAAGAAGCUUCGCAGGCUAUGUCUUGCAUUUAACAGAUACUUGUCUGAUGCAUUGUUCAAUAGGUUUGUAGCUGUAGCUUCAAAUUUGGAAGAUUUGUCAUUGAAGGGUUGCUAUAUAUCUUUUAACAGGGGGCUGUAUAAGAAAUUUUAUCCUGAUUUUAUGAUGAAGUCUGGCAACUGUGUUGCAUCAGAGAGUGUCCUUACAUUUCAUAAUAUUCUGACUUAUGUCACAAAGCAAGCAAAAAUGUUACAGAAACUACGGUUUGGUUGUACACUAAUUGAUAAUGCAGCUCUGAUGCAAUUGGCAACUGUGCCUCAUCUUUCUUUGACUACUCUUCACUUACAGUCGUGUGAUCAGCUAACUGAUGCAGGUAUUGUAAGUCUCGCAGAACAUCAGAAUCAACUGUUAGAAUUAGAUCUGAGUGCUUGUUCGCGUGUUGGAGAUGUAGCAGUAAAUUCAAUCUCUGAUAAACUCGUUCAUUUAGAAAGCUUAAAUUUAAGAAACUGUAGAUCAUUGACUGACUCCGGUGUUAGUACUUUAAAUAAACUUAAGAAAUUAAGGAAUCUCAAUCUGUCACAUUGUGAGCAAGUUACUGGUAAAGGCAUUGAAACUGCACUCUGUUGUAGCAUAAAUCCACGAUUCCGAAGACUGUAUUUGACAGCACUUGCUGUUGAUGAACGUACUGUUUGUAAAUUAGCUGAACAUCUUCCAGGACUCACACAUCUUGACCUGGGGUGGUGUUUUAAUGGUGUUACUGACAAGUCAUUGCAGAUGAUUUGUAAAUAUCAGGUUCGCCUUCAGUUUUUGAAACUUGCUGCUUGCAAUAAGAUAACAGAUGCUGGACUUACUGGUAUGGGGCUUACAACUGAGCAAGAUGGCACAACUGUUAUGUCUGAUGACAAUUCUGAGGCAAUGCAGUAUCAAGAAAUAAUUGGAAGUGAACAAGUGAUUAAUGGUGAAAAUGGGCAUUAUGGUGAAAACGUUGAUCCAGGAUUUAAUAUAUCACUGAGAACUAAAGCCGAGCAAGAAAUCAUUAAUGACGCCAAGAGAAAAAAAAUUGUAUCACAGCUAUGUGAAGAAAAUCUUACUAGUACGGAUUCUAGUGGACAUUCCCUCAUCCAUUUAAAAGGGCUUCAAAGGCUUGAUCUAAGUGGUUGCAAUCGAAUCACAGAUGUCAGCCUGAAAUAUGCCUUUCGUUUCAAGGAGUUGAGGUAUUUGGAUCUCAGUCAGUGUCAGCAGAUAACGCAUGUUGGUUUGUCCUACUUAGCUGUCCAUAACCCCAGCAUUGAAACAUUGAUUCUCAGCCAUUGUUAUAAUAUUGCUGAUAGUGGUGUCCUCAGUUUUAUUAAAUGCCUAUGCAGGCUUAAGCAUCUGGAAUUAAAGGGCUGCACCCAACUAACAGACAUCACUCUAGAAGGCAUUGGGAAGCACUGUGACAUCCUGAAAUACCUAGAUGUCAGUCUUUGUAGUACUAUGACCACUGAAGCAGCAGAGGCUACAGAGCUGGCAUUACCAUCCUUGUACACUGUUCAUAAGUUGGGAUUAAUAUCAAAGAAUAAUUCACAGCCUAACACUGAGAAAUUUAGUUGCCCUUCACCGCCUCCACCCCCAAGAAGAUUUAAGUGUUCGUUAAUGUGCUGAAUAAUGGAUGGUACCUUCAUCAUGCAACGUAAUCUGAGAAGAGUUUUCAGUGGCAGUAGUGCAAAUUAAUUAAUAAUGUUCUUGUUACUGUUGAAGUUGAUUGUUAAUUUUUUUCUCUCGCCGUACCAAGAUGACACAUCAUAUUGUGUGUUUUAAAUGCUGUUAUAUUUUAAAAAUUGUUUGAGUGUAGUAGUCGUAAAUGUUACAGAGUUAAAUAAUAUUCAGUUUUCUUCACUCAGAUUCUUGUUCAUCUGUUGAUUAAAAUGCUGGGUAUUGUCUGAAUGCCAAUCAAUAAAAUCGUGCAGAACAA